ACCUUUCCGAGUUCCGUAUGCAUUGUUCAUACGCUGUGAUAACAGCGUCUACAAUCCAAAGAAAAGGGCCCUUUCUCUUCUGACAGUGUGAGGAAAAAGAGCCACCAAAAAUGACAACAGCCGCGAGACCGACGUUUGAGCCGGCGAGAGGAGGGAGAGGGAAGGGAGAGGGCGAUCUCAGUGCGUUGUCCAAACAGUACUCAAGCCGAGAUCUGCCUGGUCACACUAAGAUCAAGUACAGGCAGCUCACCCAGGAUGCCCCCGAGGAGGUGCGUGCCCGGGACUUCCGCAGGGAGCUGGAGGAGAGGGAGCGUGUUGCUGUCCGGGAGAAGACUAGAGAGAGGGGACCGAGAGAACACACCACAUCCUCAUCUUCAUCCUCAAAGAGGCCCAGACUAGAUCAAAUCCCUGCUGCCAACCUGGAUGCAGAUGACCCUCUCACUGACGAUGAGGAGGAGGAUGAUGACUCUGAGGAGGACAGUGAUGAUGAUGACACUGCGGCUCUGCUGGCUGAAUUGGAGAAAAUCAAGAAGGAGCGGGCUGAGGAGCAGGAACGCAAGGAGCGGGAGCAGAAAGCAGAGGAGGAGAGGAUCCGCAUGGAGAACAUCCUUAGUGGGAAUCCUCUGCUCAACCUGGCUGGACAGCAGCAGCAGCAACAACAACAGAUGGUCCCCACCCCGACUGCCUUCAGCGUCAAGAGAAGGUGGGACGAUGACGUCGUGUUCAAGAACUGUGCAAAGGGAGUGGAUGAGGCACGCCGGGAGAAACGCUUUGUCAACGACACUCUGCGCUCGGAGUUCCACAAGAAAUUCAUGGAGAAAUAUGUGAAGUAGGACUGCUAUGAAGGUGUUCUAUUUCUCUCUGCUCUGUUCCCAGUUCUAAGAGGACAAGGAGGACGUGAUAGAGAUUGGUCUGAAAACAUUGAAUGAGCCUGAAGAAUGGUGUCAUCCGUUGACAUGGAACACGUGCGAUAUCCUCUGUAUAUAAAGUCAUCUAAUGCCUGACCUGAAAACAAAUUUAAACUCGUUUUGUUUCGUGUACAAUCAUUUUCCACCCCUGAAAGGAAUGGUUGCAAUAGUGACAUCAUCAAUGUCAACUUUGUUGUUAUUGAACUUUUACCUUUUUUAAGCGCCAAUGUCAAUAAACGACAACAAAAAAGAAAA